GUUCGGAGGAGGAUGAAGAUGAAGAAGAUGAAGCUGAGGACGAACCGCAGCCAGCUGCUGUUUCUGUCCAGAGAGGAAACAUCUGGAAACUUCCAGAGAGAGGGAACGCUGCGGGUCGGACGGCGACAGGACAGAGGUCUGAGUGCGAGGUUCUGUCGUCUGAGGGGAAACCUGCUGUUCAUCCUCAGGAAGCAGGGCGGUGAGCUCGAGGAGGUGUUGCUGUUGGAGAGAUGUGAGGUUAUGACACUUCCUGACGACAACAGACGACUGUCUGUCAGCUUUGAGAGCGGCGGCCCUCCCGUGUUCCUGCAGUCCAGCAGCGCUGCGGAGUGCGUGUCCUGGCUCGUCGCCCUCAGAGACGCCAACGCCGAGGCGCUGACGAGACGCAUCGCACACCUCGCCGCGCUCGUCGACGCACACUCCACCCGACAACAACAACAACACACACACACGGCUGCACCGUGCCCCGGCCGAGAGACGCGCCUGGAACGUGACGGAGGUACAGGUGGAGUCGAUCCUGCUGUUAAAGUGUCUCCACUGCACCUGAGAGUCGUGUGUCGGGUCGCGGUCGCAGCUGCAGCCACAGUCCAAAUUCAAGUUUGUGUGAUCGACACACACACGCACACAGUGAGGAGGCACGGCUGCUCCGAGACAGUGCAGGAACCGGAUGAAAGUGUGUUUCUAACAUCUGUGUGUUUCCGUGGUGACUACCCUCUCUACCACCACAGCAGGAUCAAAGUCACCGUUUACCACACAGAGAGGAGCUUCCUGGGCUUCACCUCCUUCUCCAUCCGAGACAUUCUCAGGUCCAAGGAGCCUCACACUUCCGCCGGCCUCAGGACGAUGGACGGGCUGAACGAGGUCGGGGAGGUGAGCGUGUCCCGGCUGCAGAUGGACGAGCAGAGCGACGACACAUCGCCUCCUGAACACGAGCGUCCUGCUCUGUGCGACCGUCUCCACGGCUCCGUCCACGACAAGGAGAACAGUCCGACGAUGAGAGCCGUGCUGUGUGCCCAGGUGUGUAAGGUGUACAGGUUCCUGACGGAGGACCAGCGAUGGCUGCUCGUCAGGGAACAGUUGUCCGAGACGCCGCUCUCCUUCUCGUUACCCAAACAGCUGCUGAGAGCGCUCAUACGGGAGCACGCCGACAGGGUCCAGGAAGUGAACGGGCUCGGGGAGCUGUCGCCGCACUGGGACGGCCUCCGCCACGAUGUCAUCAACCACUGCAGCCACCUGAUUGGCUGUUAUCAGGACACGCUCGCCGAGCUCGACAGACUCUCAGUGUCGUCCUGUUUCAAGUCGAGCGGCAGCAAGUCGGACCGACACCUCCAGUUCGUCCCGACCAACCUGCACACGCAGAGGAUGGAGGUCACCGACCCGGACAGCUCGGGCGUGUGGUAUGAGGUCAUCACGUUCGGUGCCCCGGCCGAUCACCACCAGGCCUUCAGACACGGCGGGCUGAGGCGACUGCUCAACAAACACACCGGCCACAGCGACGGCUCCGUCUCCUACUCCCAGGACGAGAGCUCCAGGGCCCGGGAGCUGCUGGCCAGCGUGGCCCAGCUGCAGCCUCUGGUCUUCGGCCUCGCAGAGGAGCUGCUCUCCGUCUCCCAGGAGCCGCACGCCGCCCGACUGCAGCAGGUGCUGGACGCCCUGACCCGACAGACGGAGCAGUUUGUCCACGCGCUCAAAGACGAGCUGGUGAAGAGCGCCCUGCUGGCGAUCCACGGCCAGUUCGCCGCCCCCUGCGGCGGCAGCCACGUCCACAGCAACGGGCUGCUCUGUGACAACUCGCCGGCGGGUCGGGAGGGACCGCCUUCGCUCGGCCAACGGGACGACGUCCGGCGUGACGCGGAGUACGACGAGGAGGCGUGGGACAGGGCGUGGGCCAACGUCGCCAUGAGCCUCAACUGCAUCAUCGCCAUGGCGGACCGGCUGCGGGGGCGGGCGGACCGCCCUCAGGGGGGGACGUCCGGCGAGCAGCAGGAAGCCGCGGGCGACGCGGACGCUCGGGACGCCGCCUCUCCCUCCUCCUCCUCCUCCCCCUCCUGGCAGGAGCAGCUGCUCCCUCUGGUGGUCACCCUCAGGGACUGCGUGCGCGAGGCUGUGGCGAAGGCGCGAGCCGCCAUGACCUUCGUGGUGCUGCGCGGCGCCGUGGCCCCCACGGUCGACCAGGGCCCUGCGCAGGUCGUCCAGCGGCGCCACGCCGUCUUCAGCCAGGCGCUGUCGGCGCUCGUGUGUGGCUUCAUGUUGAAGUUGUACGGAGGUCUGGAGGAUCCCGACUUCCUGCAGCAGCUUCACUCUGUCGGAGUCCUGGCUCAGUUUGAGAGCCUGCUCAGCACCUACGGUGACGAGGUGGGGAUGCUGGAGGACAUGGAGGUGGGCGUGGCCGACUUGAGCCAAGUGGCAUUCACCGUCACGGAGGCUAAGACGGAAGAAACGGACGACCUGCUGCCGACGCUCAGCGGAACGUGGGGCAGUUUUGUGGUCGAGGUCCCGCUGACGCCGGAGACGUUCGCGCUGUUGCCACGGGAGCUGAGAGAGGGGCGUCCGAUACGAGUCCACCCGGUGCUCUUCAACAUCGGGAUCAACCAGCAGCAGAGUCUGGCCGAGAGGUUUGGCGACAGCUCGCCGCAGGAGCGAGUGAACCAUCAGAGCUGCGAGCGCCUCAGAGUUUACUGCCGCGCGCUGGGAGAGCGGCGGCCUGACGCGGCUGGUGUCCAGUCGCUGUCCGACCUGCUGACGUCUCUGGAGCGGAGCGUCGACGCCAGGAAGAGGAAGAACGUGGAGGUGCUGUGGAUCGCCGCUACGGUGUGUCGCCAGGUGAGCGGCGUUCGCCUGACGAGCUGUAAGAGCGCGAAGGACCGCACGGCGAUGUCGGUGACGCUGGAGCAGUGUGUGUUACUGAGGGAGCGACACUCACUCGGCCAACAACACUUCAGCUCAGCACUGGACUGCAUGAGGAGGGACGGCUGCAGGAUGGAGAACGUGCAGAAGAACGUAGGCAGCAGGAAGUUCGCCUUCAGCGGCGUGCAGCUCCUCACCUUCCCCAGACUGUACCGACCUCCGGACGGCAGCUACGGCUCGACACACUGACCGGCGCGUUUCUGAAUUUAUCGUGUAUUAAGUGUUUUGGUUUUGUAAAUGAAUUCCCUUUUUUUGGAUCUACAAAUAUGUUUUUCUGCAAUAAAUUAAAACUUGAAUCUUUUUUUAUAAAAAAAAAUCGAAUUGAUUGAAGCUCGGUUAUUUAAGACUAUACAUCAUGAAAGUUUCUAAUUAUUAAGUGUAGAUUCUGACAUAUUGUCCGUGGUGAUUUCUUCAAGGUUUCAUUUUGUGUGAACUGUAAGAUUAAGAGGUUGUCAAUGUAUAACAUUUCUUGUAAUUCAAUAUAUUUUUUUAAUAGUUGUACUGUAACUUGGAUUAUUCCAUCGUAGUUUGAAUCACUGAUUCAGUUUCAUAAAAAAAUUAUCUGACGUGUUUGUUUUGAUUUACAGCGUUUGCAUUUCUCCGCCGGGCCGCUGGGGGGCGCUGCUCAGGGAUCAGUGCUCACAGAGCUGCGUCAUGUCGGACGUAGUCAGACAAACCCAGAACGGAAACGAGGUGUUUAGCCCUUUCAAAAUAAAAGGGAAGUCGCUCAUUUGCCAUUUAGCCAACGGAGGGCAUCUCACGUAGCUAACCCAUAUUAUGCUCUUAGAAAUGAUCACUGAUUGUAGCUUCAAUUUAACAGUUCAAUCUUUUUGUAAUUGAUUAAUCUGUCAGUUAUUGUUCGUCAAUAAAUUAAUAUAAAGAUU